AUGGCGGCCGCAGACGCGCCCAAGUCGGCUUUUCAGCCAAGGUACAUUGAUAUCGGCAUCAACUUGGCCGAUCCCAUUUUCCGCGGCAUGCAUCAUGGGAAGAGACGCCAUCCUGAUGACUUGGACGCGGUCAUCCGCAGGGCACAGCAAGUCGGCUGCUCCAAGCUGAUUGUCACCGGGUCCGACUUUACCAGUUGCCGAGAUGCCCUCGAGAUCGCCAAGCAGUAUCAUGAGGGUGCCGAGGGUGCACAUUCCGAUCCCGAUCCAGCUCAGGCUAUCCCCGAGCACCAUCAGCCAGACCCUGCCAAGACAGAGGCCAUAAUCUCCGAGCUGCGAGGCCUUAUCAAUCAUGCGGCUGCCUCCAACGCCGGUCUCGUUGCCUUGGGCGAGUUUGGUCUUGACUAUGACCGUCUGCACUACUGUUCAAGGUCCAUCCAAUUGCAUUCAUUCGCUUCACAGCUCGAUCUCGUUCUAGAAAUCAAGCCUCAGCUGCCUCUUUUCUUACACUCCAGAGCCGCCCACCAAGACUUUGUGAGCCUGCUCAAGCAGAAGUUUGGCGAGAGACUUGAGAAGCUCGAGAAAGGCGGCGUUGUUCACAGUUUCACCGGCACUAUCGAGGAGGCCAUGGAACUGAUGGAUCUAGGUCUUUAUAUCGGCAUCAAUGGCUGCAGCUUCAAGACCGAAGAGAACUGCAAAGUCGUCAAAGAGAUAGCUUUAGAUAAGAUGAUGUUGGAGACCGACGGCCCUUGGUGCGAGAUUCGGCCUAGUCACUUUGGCUACAAGUACUUGAUCGAGAGGAAGACAGAUGUGAAUGGUCUCAGUACCACUGCAGGCACGGAUAUUGCUGCGCAGCCCCAUACGAAGAAGAAAAACCAAAAGAAAGAGUCCGAGGUGCCGGAACGCUUCAAGGUCGUCAAGAAGGAGAAGUGGGAAGAAGGUGCGAUGAUCAAGGGCCGCAAUGAACCGUGUACCAUCGAGCGAGUUGCCAAGGCUGUGGCCGGCAUUAAGGAAGUAGAUGUUGAGCAAGUCUGCGAGGUAGCUUGGAGUAACACGGUCAAGGUUUUUGGCGUAGACCAAUAG